AAUGAGUACAAGAGUGUCUUGCAUCCCUCAGAUUCAUAGGCUGUACUGAUUGACUUUGAACUUGCGUUUUCGACGGCGCAUUACACUAUCUGCUUGGGAAUGCUCGGGUACAGGCUUCUUCAACACGGAGGAAAACCAGCUUGGUGGUGGCGCUAACUGGACCGAGGCAAUCUAGACCUCUUUAAGUCUUCGUCAGCAAUGUGACAUCUAGACUGGUAUCACUUCUUGAUUUCCACCUUAUCCUUAAUACAGUCAACAUCAUUCAACAAUCUAUAGCUGGGAAAUAGAGAUAUCUAAAGAUCACACCGGUUCUUUGAAAUAUCAGUUCAAUACAUCAUCCAGUUGCCAAGCACAUUCCUUCCCAACCCAUCACAAUGGCGGCCAACACCCUCUUCACCAUUCCUAUACCGCCACUGAAGGAGCAUGUGGGAGGCGAGAUCGUGUGCACAGAGCCCGCGCCUCAAGUAUACCUUCUGACCUUCACCUCCGCACCAGACAACCGCCUCACACCGGCAUUCUGCGCCGCCAUGCUCGCGGCCCUGGACCGCAUCGAGCUGCAGCACGGGCCCCUGGGCGUCGUCGUCACCACCUCUUCCAUCACAAAGUUCUACUCCAACGGCCUGGACCUGAAUCUGGCCAUGACGACCCCGGGCUUCACCGAGGACUCCCUCUACCCGCUCUUCCACAGGUUUCUCACCUUCCCCAUGCCCACCGUCGCCCUGCUCAACGGCCACGCCUUCGCCGGCGGCUUCAUGUUGGCCAUGCACCACGACUACCGCGUCUUCCAGGGCGAAAGGGGAUACCUGUGCAUCAACGAGCUCGAAUUUGGCGCCCCCCUGCUGCCCCCCAUGAGCGGCAUCUUUAGGGCCAAGACGAGCCCCCUGGCCUACAGGACCACUGUGCUCGAGGCCAGGCGCUGGGAUGCUAAGAGCGCCCUGGAGGCCGGCAUCCUGGACAGGACGGAUGGGCUGCAGGGCGUCCUGGAGCUGGUCAAGGAGAGGGACCUGACGAGCAAGGGGAAGACGGGGAUCUACGGGCUGUUGAAGGCCGAGAUGUACCGCGAGCAGGUUGGGUUGCUGGAGGCGAGCGGUAAGGAUGUCGUCAAGUUCACGGAUUCGAUGGGGAAGGAGAAGGCGAGGAAGGCGGAGCUGGAGAAGAGGGCCCAGCAAGCGAAACUGUAGAUGUUCACUAUGGGGUAGCCCUCAAACGUUAUCAAAAGCAGGGUUAGAUCGUUGUAGGUCAACCGGAUUAUCGACAUGUCGAGAAUCUCACGCUUGGACGUGAUGCUGUCAAAAGUUAUGUCAAUAUGAAAUUCUAUUAGGCUGAUGUAUAGAAAACUCUUCUUCUCGCUAUUUGUUCCGAAUUUUCUCUUUUCCUAAUAUCCGACAAGGUUUUCGCUACGGGCGGCUCAUAAUAUGACUAUUUUGAGGAUUUCUUGGACUUUGGGAAUACCUUGGCACUGUACCUCCAUUUCCAGCCAACGACAUUUCCACAACUAUAGCGCACGGUGCAGCAGAGUCCAUGAGAAGGGGGCCAGUCCGUUGGUUACUAUAGUAUAGCUCAAGCUAACAUUUUGGUG